CCCGCCCGGAGCGCGGCUCUCCCGCUGCGGCGUCCCGCGACCCUCAGCCCCGAGGAGCCGCUCCACGCGACCCGCGGUUCGCCGUCAUACGCGCGCAUCCCCACCCAAGAUCCGCUGCGAAAAGUACGAAACGUCCCUUGUUACUCGGUGAAGCAGGGGGCGCCUCUGUUGCACCGAGAUACGGGCGGCUCCGGUGGGUCGGGGGGCAGCGGGACUCACCCCCUGCGCUCCCCGGGUCGGAGGUUCGCGUGGAGGCGAGCCCAGUGCGCAGAUGGUGCAGCAGAGGGAGCCUCUGACCGGGACCGUGUCGGCUGCCAGGCCUCCGUGCAGCCGCAGGCGGUGUGUGUGUGUGUGUGUGUGUGUGUGUGUGUGUGUGUGUGUGUGUGUGUGAGAGAGAGAGAGAGAGAGUCUCCCUGUCUGUGUUUGUUUUUUAUGCGCCUGACACGAUGGUAAUCUCGCUGGUCGCCUCUUGACUGCCAGUAAAAUUCAAGCCGGGGCUCGCGCUGCCCACGUGAUUCCACGUGCGAAGUCCUUAAGGUUUACACGGCCCCAAUUAACGUAGUAAUUAACCUGCCUGCAGGAGGAGUCGAUAUAUUAGGUGCGGUUUUAAUUGACUUUUAAGUGCAACUAAUUAGUGCUCAUUUAAAGGCUGGACAUUAUGUGGGUCAGUAAAAUGUCUGUCCUCGUGUAUUUAUGUUAAUCACGUGAUGUUUUUCUACACUUGUUGCAAAUGUCACUUCCUCCUUCGGAUACUAUGAUAUGACAUCAUGCAGGCGGACAGUUUCACAAAGAGCGGCCGGCCGCUCUGUAAACACAAUACCUGUGUGUCCAGUUUCGGCUUUUUUUUUUUUUUUUGCAUUUGCCAGUCAGCCCGGCCCAUUUUUCUUCCACUUGCGUAACAAAGGGACGAGACAGUAAUAAAUGUAAUAGUAGUUAGGAUGGUGGCAUGGGGCCAACGGGGACGACAGCAUAAGUGCUGGUGUGUCUGGGCACGAGGCAGGAUAGAGUGAAACUCAUUAUCUCCCUCAUGAAACGGUUGCUGAGCCUGAACUUUGGUUUCGCACACACCAACUUGUGUGCGUGUGUGUGUGUGUGUGUGUAGAGUACACAGGCAGCCAUCCCAGUGUUUAGACUGGAAGAGCGGGCGCCUCGGUCUUAAUGUUGAGCACAGGACCGCGUAGGAGGACCGUAAUCCCUGACUGCGCUCUGCUUUGUGCGGCGCUGUUCCAGAUUAAGGGACUUCACCGCUGAGGCGUCGCAUGGAUGAUGAGGAGGAGGACAUGUCACGGCCUAUCUCGCAGCACUGGGGAACGCCCUUCAUGGACGUCAAGUACGAGGACCGAGCCACGCAGAUCGCAGCCGGACAGGCGCCCGCCGGCACCACCGCCGCCUCGCGGAGCCACGACAACAACAACAGCGGCGUCAACGCGCUGCCCUGCGGCCUGCUCCGGCAGCCCCACGUACCGUUUCACGGCAACGCUGGAUUACGCUCACAUUUCCCAGCUCAGUUCGAGCCGAUGGAGGACCGGGGAGGGAGGCGGGUCCGAGUGGAGGAGGGAGAGGGCAGAGGGCAGGACGAUCACCGGGCGGCGCCGAGGCCCGAGGAGCAGGCAGGGCUGAGCGUGGAGGUGCAAAUCGGCCGCAAACUCCGGGAGAUCGGCGACAGGUUCCAGCAGGACCACCUGGAGCUGGUUGUAAGGCACCAGAGGGACAACCUGCCCCUGUGGAUGCGCCUCACCAUGGCCGUGUUCGGCUUCCUGUUCCCCAGAGAGGUCUUCAUCCCCCGCCUGAGAGGGGAGCAGAGGUGAAGGGACUUCCUGCUGGACCUGGCCUUGCCCCCCCCCCCCUUUCACACGGGGUGCCAGGGAAGCAGACUUUUAGAGAUGGCACUGUUUGGUGGAACACGGGUUUGGAUUUUGUUUUCUUACUGAAUAUGAAGACAAAGUGAAGAAAACACUGGUCACCGCUGGACGGAGACUGAAUACAGUUGUUUUUUUUUGGUUCAUUUGUUUGUUUUGGCUUAUCUUUUUUUUGUUUAUCUUUUCUUCUGGUUAUGUUUUUCACCGUUUCAAGAAGAAGCCAUUGCGUUUGAAGAGAUAUUUUCGAAAUAUUUGUAAGAUUGCCUAUUUUGUACAGUAAACUGCUCUUUUUAUUUGGUAACUCAAGUCUUGAAGGACCUCCAUCAGUCCGGGGAAUGCCUUAUUCUCUCCUGCCACAGUGCAUCUACGUUGCAUCGAGGAAGUCAUAUGGAAGAGAUCCGUUUUGAGAAAACUGUGGACAUUUCUGUGCUGAAGUUACUGGCUUCAAAUGUUGAGGACACAUCUCUCCUUUAUUCUGAGAAAAAAAAACAAGCCCUGUACUUACCCCCCGCUGGUCCACACUGGCCAUGUCAUACGCCGGUGCGUGUUUGACCAGCUUCCACACUUUAUCAGCCUGUGUCAUCCAUCAGCAUCCUCUCCAGCGCCUCUCUCAUAGAAGUAACCACCUAACGUGCAGCUUUCAGAUCCUGCUGAUUUGAUCGCAUACUUGAAUUUCAGUGUGCCACAGACUGACUUGGUAGUCGUCAUUGCUUUUUCAGUUUGGGGUCAUUUGUUUAUGGGGGAGGGGGUGCUUGGUGUUUCCAACAUGUGCAGUAUUUGUGAAACCAAAUAAGCACAAAGUCAAGACAAUUCUCCUCAGUGAGAUCCUGAUCAGGGAACGGGGAACAAUCAGACAUGAGGAGCUUCGGGGGCGUUUCACCAUCGCCCGGAGCCUUUCAGGGUUUCUUUCUCGGGCCGGUUUGACAAUCGCCGUCUUUCAAUCAGCGGGUCGAGGCGCGAGCAAUACCGAAGCCAGUGGCGGCAGUUCCACCUUAGGGAGGCCGCGCAGUCGGGUAUCAAACCGACGCGCUUUGCAGAGAUUUGAGGUUUCGCUCUAGAUACAAAGUGCUUUCGUUCGCUAACUUCUGUACAGCUCAAACGCAGUACGUUUAUACAUCCAGCCACUGUUUCUCUGUGAGGUUUAUCAAGGAAAAAGUCUAUUGAUGCAACGUUAACAAAUUCUUUACUUGAUUUCUGAUUUGAGUUUGUUGCAGACUGACGAUACAAACCUUUUGAAGACACUGAUGGUUUUGUUUUAUUUGUUCUUUUUCGGGGUUAUCGUUUCUUCAGGGAGUAGUUAAUAACUGUAUAAAACGCCCCAAAGUUGACUGGGGAUUCUCCUCCCUUCUUUUACUCCAGCAUCUCCGCUAUUAGACGACAUUCGCUGAACGAGACGUUUGGUUCGGCUUCGCACGCAAACACGGACGUGUGUUACAGAAGGUUGCCCCGAAGGUCUGUUGUCUUCAGCCGCACGAGUAGCUGAAGCAAACGUUUGUUUCCUGCAAACACUGAACGCUGAGCCAAUGCAGACAGUUGUGACACACUCCCUGCCUCACCCUCCUCCGCCCCCCCACGCUACGUUAACUACUCCCCUCCUACCGGGAACAUUUGCUUUGGUAUCCUUGAGAUAAUUUAUUCUAAUUUAUUUUAUGUAUAUUUGCUCAGUGCUACUGUAUAGAUGCUAUCUCAGUGUGUACAGUCGAUUUCUUCUCAUUCUUGAUGUGCACCCAGUUAAGUGUUUGAUGCCUGUGUGUGGGGAGGUUGGACGAAAGCCAUGUGCCUCGUGCGUUCUCACACGGUCGUGUGAGCGGUUACGAAUCACGCAAACAACAGACAAUCAAAUGUACAAAAUGUGCCUUGUGAGUAACAGACCUACCACAUCAUCAUCACCACUGAGACUCGGCACGUAAAAAAAAAACAAAAACGACCCAAAGUCGCCGAUCACCGCCCCCGUCUUCGUUUGGGCCCCGUGUGAUCGAGGCGGCGCAAGCGAAGGGGGGGGGGCGCGUCCGUCGUGCCUUGAUACGAAGCGAGAACCCGCCCGACUCCUUGCAUCGGCUCACGAGGCACAGGCUCAACCUUCGGCAUCUCUCGGCACGAACGGCGACUUGCACCGCGCGGAACCUUCUCGAUCUUAGAAAUGACUGUUCGCGAUCAAUGUGCACUGUAAAAAGAAAAGCAACGAUUUUUUAAGAUCCUAUAUACUGUAUUUUGCGCCUCGCUCUUUUUACUCCUGUGCUGAACUUCCCCUCUAGGUUCUUGACACUUCUUAAGAUCUGUGAUAUGCUGGAUGGGCCCAGGUGAGGCCUCCGUGCUUUAUUUUCUACAAUCGAGUAGGGCUGUGGGUUUCCGGUUGAAGGAGGAUUGAGCCACCGUGGUGCCCAGUAUUAUUAGAACAGCCACUUGGUGUGGUGUCGACCUCAGCCUGUCGGUACCAACCACUGUUGUGACCCAGACUCAAGCGAAACAUUUCUUAUCUGACCUUCAGUGUCUUUAAUAUCAAAUUUGUUAUGUUUUUUUAUAUUGAAGUAGUACAUCUGUACUGUUCAGUGCUAUGAUUUGGUGUUUUUAUACAUUACACAUGAAUUUGACGCAGCUGUUGUCGCCGUCUUUAUAAUGAACAUUUCUAAUGAUCCUUUUCCAUAACGUUUUGUAAGAGGACGAGACACUUUUGCUUUUCUAUGACUGCUUUUUUCAUUUUACGAAAUAGCCAUGUCUGCUGUGUCACUCUCAGCUCAAGGGCUUCUUCAACAAUAUGUAAAUGGAGUAAAAAUGCAUGUCCAACAUUCCUAAAAAAAAUCAGUAUCUUAAGGGUUUGAAUGUAAUUUACUCUUUGAAUACAUGAACUGAGGAGUGGAGGUGAUUUCAGACCGCUCCAGUUCCUGUCGUCUUCACGUCGCUUUUCUUUUUCGUUCAGAGUGGUCUCAAGGAUUUCACACUCAUGUGUCCUAUGAAGUGAGACCCAGUCCAGAUGUAGCAGUUUCUUUGUUCGAGCAUUGGCUGUGUUCUCUUUGGGACUGCUCUGUGUCCACCGCACAGGUUUCAAGCAGCGCAGGACGGAUCGGAGGAGGGUGGGGGGAUGUUUGUUCAUUUUCUAGUGCAAUAUGCUGUACAUAAGAGCUUGGCUCUCAAAAUCUUACUAUUUCGCUUUGAUUUUGUUGUUAAAUGGGUACAAUGCUGUUUUUUUUUCAUUAAAUCUUUAUGAACAGUU